AUGGAGACUUCAAGUUCAAGCGGACAAUUAUUAUAUGGGCCCGAAGACCCGUUCGUGCUAUAUCUGCAGAAACAUCACAUUUCAAAUAAACUAAUGAAAGAGGGCACAACACAAAUAUUUAAAGUCCGAAGGACAAAAAGUAAGACUUGGGACGUCGACAUUCAUGAGGAUGUUAGGUAUUGGCUUGACGCCUUUGGUUUCAAAGGCGUGGUGGAUUGUGGGAGGUCGAUGAAGGUCGACAAUGAGCUGAUCACGACUUUGAUUGAGCGUCGGAGGCCGGAGACGCACACUUUCCAUCUACCGAUCGGAGAGGCGACGAUCACCUUGGAAGAUAUGCAAGCCAUUUGGGGCUUAAGGGCGGACGGUCACGUUUUCACAGGGCGUGACUAUCAUGUCGACUAUCCAGAUUGGACUAGCAAGAGCCGCGAUUUGUUGGGAUGGAUACCGGAUACAUCCACAGAGACAAAGCAAGACGGUUUGCUGAUGACCGCGCUGAUCAAUCAGACGAGGAUACCUCUGGGUGAUGACCUACCUACGUACGUAUACAUCCAAAUGGCACGUAUCCAUGCCCUAAUUUUGUUAGGAGGUCUCAUUCUACCAGACACCACGGGGUGUAAGGUUCCAUUUAUGUGGUUGAAUGCGUUUGAGGAUCCGGAAGAGGUGAAGAAUAUUAGUUGGGGAAGUGCGGCUUUGUCCUACCUUUAUCAUUAUUUGUGCGAGGCUUCCAUGGACAUCCAUUUUAUUAGGAAUCCUCAUUUUUCUGCCUCGUCCGCGCUUUCGAGGAAGCAACUGCUCAGGGGUGAUACACAAUUUCCAUCCAGGUUUAGCCUAAUAGUCUUCGUGUCUUGGUGCUUGAAAUGA